AUGUCGACCGCUGCCGCGCGCAAGGCUUGGAACGAAGCCAUGAAGGCUACCGCUGGAGCCACUGCCUUACCCCCCGCUCUGCAGAAGCUGGGACAAAAGCGACGUUCCGAUCGACACAAAAAACAAUCACGCCGGGUAAAGGCCCGCAAAACCGUGGCGCUGUCCGCCGACCAAGAAGAAUACCGACGCGCAGUGUGGAUUGAUGCCUUGGAAGGGGUGGAUCCAACGGCGCAAGUUGCGGAAGAAGAUGACGAAUACGAUGAACUGGACGAUUUGGACGAGGGCAAGCCAAAGAAACGUAAACGAUCUACUAAAGUCAAGGCCGGCGUCCUGCCGAAACGAUUUCUGCCUCGGUCCUUGGCAUCCAUCCUAGUGGAAGAGGCCAAUAAAGAAGAUGGCGCAUCUCGAGCAUUUCUGGCGGCAGAAGCCCGUGUCCCUGUUUCCCAGCAAUUGCCUGCCCGCAAAUUUUGUCCGGUAACCGGGACGGAGGGUAUUUACACGGAGCCCAAAAGCGGUAUCCCCUACGCCAACAUGAAAGCGUUGGAACAGAUCCGAGAGCGGCCACCUCCGUGGAUGACUCUGGGAGGGACAGCAGCGUACUGGGAAGCUGUCAAGAGCAUACGAGACGAAUGA